AUGUCUGCGAGCGCCGUUUACGUUUUGGAUUUGAAAGGAAAGGUGCUGGUAUGCCGGAACUACCGUGGCGAUGUGGACAUGUCCGAAAUCGAGCAUUUCAUGAACCUCCUGAUGGACAAGGAGGAGGAGGGGACGCUGUCUCCCAUCCUGGCCCACGGCGGGGUGCGCUUCAUGUGGAUCAAGCAUAAUAACCUCUACUUGGUUGCCACAUCGAAGAAAAAUGCCAGCGUUUCCUUGGUUUUCUCCUUUUUGUACAAGAUUGUGCAGGUUUUCUCCGAGUAUUUCAAAGAACUGGAGGAAGAGAGCAUCCGGGAUAACUUUGUCAUCAUUUACGAGCUGAUGGACGAGUUGAUGGACUUUGGCUACCCGCAGACCACCGACAGCAAGAUUCUGCAAGAGUAUAUAACUCAGGAGGGGCACAAGCUGGACACAGGUGCACCCCGCCCACCCGCCACUGUCACCAACGCUGUUUCAUGGCGUUCGGAGGGCAUCAAGUACAGGAAAAACGAAGUCUUCUUGGAUGUCAUCGAGUCAGUCAAUCUCCUGGUCAGUGCCAAUGGCAACGUCCUGCGCAGCGAAAUCGUCGGCUCCAUUAAGAUGCGCGUCUUCUUAUCCGGAAUGCCCGAGUUGCGCCUGGGCCUCAACGACAAGGUUCUGUUUGAAAACACUGGACGCGGCAAGAGUAAAUCUGUGGAGUUGGAAGACGUCAAAUUUCACCAGUGCGUCCGCCUGUCACGCUUUGAGAAUGACCGCACUAUCUCCUUCAUCCCACCCGACGGCGAGUUUGAGCUCAUGUCAUACCGCCUUAACACUCACGUGAAGCCGCUAAUCUGGAUUGAAUCAGUCAUCGAGAAGCACUCUCACAGUCGCAUUGAGUACAUGAUUAAGGCCAAAAGCCAGUUCAAACGGCGCUCCACUGCCAACAACGUGGAGAUCCACAUUCCUGUGCCAACAGACGCCGACUCUCCCAAAUUUAAGACCACGGUUGGCAGCGUCAAGUGGGUUCCAGAGAACAGCGAGAUUGUCUGGUCCAUCAAGUCCUUCCCCGGCGGCAAGGAGUAUCUGAUGCGGGCUCACUUCGGCCUUCCGAGCGUGGAAGCGGAAGAUAAGGAAGGGAAGCCCCCGAUCAGCGUCAAAUUUGAGAUCCCCUACUUCACCACUUCGGGCAUCCAGGUGCGUUACCUAAAGAUCAUCGAGAAGAGCGGCUAUCAGGCUCUGCCUUGGGUGCGCUACAUCACCCAGAAUGGAGAUUAUCAGCUCCGAACGCAGUAAGGCAACGCCUCAGCCGGGGCGGGAGGAAGCCGGGUGGCGGCGGCGGCAGCGGCUAAUGAGCCGCCGUUGACAGUCGUCAGUCAAGAGACAGCUGAGGACCGACUUCUUUUUUAUCAUUUUCCAGCCAAUGCAAAAUAUUAGACGCGGAGUUCGUACAUCGAUGGAAAGAUGGUUUUUUACUGUGCGGCCAACUAAAGCAGGAAUCAUGUUUACACUCUGUCAUCAUCAAUAGGUCAAAAACGUCACACGCCUGAUUGUUGAUUCUUUUUCUGUAUAUAUGUGCGACAUAUCAAUGAGGUCAGUGUUAUUAGUUACAAGUGAGCCGAUCAGUAUGUCUCUAUGUUACAGUGCCAUCCGCUUUGCCCUGUUUUGCCUGCUUUCAAACACGCGGAAAGUAAAGCAGAGCUUUCAUACGGCGCUCGCACGGUGAUUCCGUAUCUAUAACUCUAUGUAACCACAUCUUGUAAAAUCAUUAAAUGUAUAUUCAGAGAAAAUA